AUGAUUGUGAGUGAUGUCAGACUGCUGGGAAGAUCCUCUAGAGGGUGGUCAAAGUCACCAGUAAUUGCCAGACUAGUCAGUGUACUCGGUAGGAAGCUGACAUUGGUGGUAGACUCCACGCGCAUGCUUGUCAAUGUCAGUGAUUCCUUCCCAGUAUGA